UCAGGACCCCCAUCCCUAGAUCCUCCACCCUAUCCUCCUCUCCCCAUCGCCCGGGCCCCGCCGGAAGCAGCCGCCGCCCCGCCACCCGACCCGCAAGAAGAACCGGAAACGCGAGAGGCGGCGGCUCUGCCGGAGCCAAGAGGGCGCGAAACGACCGCCCUGAGUCCUGUUAGAAAUGAAACUGGCCACGGAGGGCCAGCUGGCCGCCCUCGCGGACCUUCUCAGCGAGAGCCAAGCUCCCGCCUCCCUGACUCCACAAUAGCCCUGCCCCUGCGGGAAAUAGGGCCCCCUGAUGACACAGGUAACCCCCGACUUCAGUACUGGCCCUUCUCUACUAGUGAUCUCUAUAACUGGAAAAUCCAAAACGCUCGUUUUUCUGAUAACCCUAGAGAUCUGAUAGCCCUUCUAGAGAGCAUUAUGUUCACCCAUCAGCCUACCUGGGAUGACUGUCAACAGCUCCUGAAAAUCCUGUUCACUACGGAGGAAAGAGAAAGAAUUCAAUUAGAAGCGCGGAAGGUAGUUUUGGGAGAGGAUGGUCGCCCUACCGCGAAUCCGGACCUCAUCAACGCAGCCUUUCCCUUGACCCGGCCCGAAUGGGACUACAACGCAGCAGAAGGUAGGGGACGGCUACUCACUUAUCGCCAGACUCUAAUGGUGGGUCUCUGGGCAGCGGCACGCAAGUCCACCAAUUUGGCCAAGGUGUAUUCAGUGAUACAAGGUAAGACAGAGAGUCCCGCUACCUAUCUAGAAAGAUUAAUGGAGGCCUUUAGACAGUACACCCCCAUGGACCCUGAGGCCCCAGAAAACCAGGCAGCUGUCGUGAUGUCUUUCGUAAACCAGUCCGCCUCUGAUAUUAAGAAAAAACUCCAGAAACUAGAGGACUUUGAAGGAAAGCAGAUCCAAGAUUUACUCCGAGUCGCACAGUGGGUAUAUAAUAACCGGGAUGCCCCAGAGGAAAAACAAAUCAGAGCUACGCGAGAAAUGACUAAAGUCCUAGCUACCAUAGUUCAGAAAGAACAACCGUCCUCAGGAGGUGGCCACGCAAUCAGGCAGCACUUAGAUAAAGAUCAGUGCACCUAUUGUAAGGAAAGGGGGCAUUGGUUGCGGGAUUGUCCUAAAAAGAAACAACGGCACUCGGAGCCCAAACCAUGGCAAACCAAGACAACCUCUGUCCUGUUUACACAAGAUUCAGAAUAGGGAGCACGGGGUUCAGAUCCCCUCCCCGAACCCAGGGUAACAUUACAAGUGGAGGGGACCCCGGUCCGGUUCCUAGUCGACACCGGAGCACAACAUUCAGUACUAGUUAAGCCCCAAGGAAAAAUGUCUGAAAAAUAGUCCUGGGUGCAGGGGGCCACUGGGACAAAGAAAUACCUCUGGACGACUCAGAGGACUGCAAACUUGGGAACUGGGAUGGUAACUCACUCCUUCCUAGUUAUCCCUGACAGCCCCUGCCCCUUACUGGGGAGAGACUUACUUACCAAAAUGGGGGCCCAGAUCCAUUUUCAACCAGAAGGGCCAACCGUGACUAAUUCCCAAAAUCAGCCUCUAUCAGUUCUUACUGUAAAAUUAGAAGAUGAGUACAGACUCCAUCAAACACAAUCACCGCAAGGUCAAGACCUGGGACUCUGGCUCCAACGCUUUCCCAACGUGUGGGCAGAAACAGGGG